CGCAAAGCGUGUGCCGGGACUGCGAGUGCUGCUGAGGGGUCGCAGGUGCGAGGGGUUCUGGAGAUUUAAAUAGAAAUCCCCGCCAAACCGCUGCCAUGAGUAACAUCUACAUCCAAGAACCGCCCAGCAGUGGCAAGGUCCUUUUGAAGACUACCGCGGGUGACAUUGAUAUAGAAUUAUGGUCAAAAGAGGCACCAAAAGCAUGCAGGAACUUUAUUCAACUCUGCUUGGAAGGUUAUUAUGAUAACACAAUAUUUCACAGAGUUGUACCCGGCUUUAUUGUUCAAGGAGGGGAUCCUACUCAAAGUGGAGCAGGUGGUGAGUCAAUAUAUGGGAAGCCAUUUAAGGAUGAAUUUCAUUCUCGUUUACGUUUUAACAGAAGAGGAUUGGUUGCUAUGGCAAAUGCUGGCCCUCAUGAUAAUGGAAGUCAAUUUUUCUUUACAUUGGGACCUGCAGAUGAACUUAAUAACAAGCAUACCAUCUUUGGAAAGGUGACUGGCGACACAAUUUAUAAUAUAUUAAGAUUAGCAGAAGUAGAAAUUGAUAAGGAUGAACGACCAAUUGUCCCUCACAGAAUCAAAUCUACAGAGGUGCUCCAUAACAGCUUUGAUGACAUUGUUCCAAGAAUAUUGAAAAAACACAAGAAGGAGAAGAGAGAUGACGAAUCGAAAAAAUCUCAUUUGAAAGGCACAAAAAAUUUCAGCUUGCUUUCCUUUGGAGAAGAAGCAGAGGAGGAGGAAGAGGAAGUAAAUAGAGUUAGCCAGAGUAUGAAAGGAAAAAGCAAAAGUAGCCAUGACUUGUUGAAGGAUGACCCUCGCUUAAGUUCUGUACCAGUUGUUGAAAGUGAAUUGGCAGUAAUGAAGUCAGAAGGAGCAUCUGACAAGGAGGAAGAUGAUGAUUCUGGCAGCGAAGAUAAUGAACAGCUGAAAGAACAGAUUGCUAAGAAAUUGAAGAAAGACAAAAAUGAGGAUAUUAAACUUCAGGAUGAAGAACGUAAUGUUGAUAAUGAAGAGAAAAGGAAACCCAGUCGCAGUGAAGAGCUACGCAAAGAAGCACGUCAGUUGAAACGAGAACUGUUGGCAGCAAAACUGAAAAAGACAGACCAUCUGAAAAAGGAAGAAACAGAACCAAAAGAGAGUGAACCAGCUCCAAACAGUGCCCUGGCAGAAUACCUAAAUGAAAGGAGGAAAUAUGAAGAAUUACGCAGACAAAAGCCAAAGAAUGGCUCAAGCCGUGAGGAACAGACUUUGGCAUUGCUUGAUCGAUUCAAAUCAAAGCUUACAAAAGCUAUCUCAGAAACUCCAGAGGAAGAUGUAGUUCAACCAGAAGGAAAUGAUGAUGAAGGCUGGAUGUCUCACAUACUUCAGUUUGAAGAACAAACAAGAAAAGUAAAGGAUGCAAACAUGCAAGAUGAAGACACAUUUGAAAUACAUGAUCCCCGGAAUCCAGUGAAUAAAAGACGAAGGGAAGAAAGCAAAAAGAUCAUGAAAGAGAAAAAAGAAAGAAGAUAAACCCUAACAUACCCGAAAGAGGAAGCUGUAUAUAUAUAUGAUACAUCCUUCACAAAUCAUCCAGUGUCUGCUAAUAUUUAAGCAGCUUGAAGUAGUCUGUAAUGUUACAAAUUCGCCAAGUGAUGCUCAUUGAAAGAAUACAUUUUCUAAUAAUUUUUCUUCAAAUAGCAGGAAAAUAAAUUUUAUUAUCGCAA